AUGCCAGCAAAAGCUCUUAUUUACAUAAUUGAAAAUCAGUGGCUCUUCGUCAGAGCAGCAGAUCAUUUAAAAAUGUGGUUCACAAUCUGCAUACUCGGUGGAUGCUCUCUUUGGAUCACCGUGCUGGUCUACAGUGCUGCCCUCGGCCCCUAUCCCUUUUGUGGGGGAACUCUCAUUGCGCGCAAGUGGGUUUUAACGGCCGCUCACUGCAUCACUGAUGCCCUUCAAUGCCUACAUGCCCCAUAUGGUCAGCUCUUCUCCUAUUCUGAUGUAACGGGCUAUGAUAUGGCUGUCAGUGUGGCCGACCACAAAUACACACUGCGGGAACGUCCAGCCUACAACGUGCGAGUGCAAGGCAUAAUCAUGCAUCCCUUCCAUGGUGGAGCAUAUAGUGGCUUUGACAUAGCACUACUGAAAUUGAACCGCGAAGUCAAGCGAUCACUGCGGACAGAAUAUGCAUGUCUUCCCGAACCGGGACUUACCCUCCCCGCUGGGGAGUUCUGCUACUUUGCCGGCUGGGGACUGAUCCCCAAUCCACCCUAUGCACCGCUCCCAGUUCCUCCUGAGACGCUGAUGGAACUACGGAUUCCAACUAUAUCGGCGGAUCAGUGCAAAACAAGAAAUCUAUUUAUGAACGAACACCAGGAUGUUUGUACGCAAGGCGCAUAUGGAAUGGCUUGUGACGGUGACAGCGGAGGGGGACUACACUGUUUAACAGGAGAUGGACCCAAAUGGGUUGUAUACGGUGUGGCCUUUCACAGUAACCCUCUCUGCUAUGGGGGCUUCAACGUAUUCACCUUAACAGCACCGAAAGUUGACUGGAUGAAGCGAGUCAUGAAUGCGAAUGCCUAG